CAAUUCAAUUUUAUUUAUAUAGCGCUUUUCACAAUGUGCAUUGUUCCAAAGCAGCUUUACAGGAGCAAAUAAGAAAAACACAGAAAGGUAAAACACAGCACAGUGCGUGGUGUUUAUAGACCAAGCAAGAUCAUUAUAAUAAAUAAAUGCAGUCUCCCGGUGAGCAAGCCAACACUGCACUGCUCUGCUGUGGCGAGGAACCCAAACUCCAAUGAUGAAUAAUGGAGAAAAAAAAACCUCGGGAGAAACCAGGCUCAGCCGGGAGGGCCAGAUCUCCUCUGACGUGUCAUAACAGCACUCAGUGACCCCGACCAAAGCCACCGAGCAACGUCCACGAAGAACAGGGAGAGCCCACGAGCCGCGACCCAGGAAGCCCCACCCACCGAAACCGUGAAGGUCCAACCCGGUCCCAUUCCACGAUCAACAACAGACAACAGAGGAACAACCAGGGAAAAGUAGUAAUGGCAUAAUUAACUUUAUUCCUCUGUUGUCCGACAUCGACCACAAAACAAGACCAACCAGACCAGACCCACACAGUCCCAACAAAUGAAACGCCCCGAACCACAACCAACAAGCCCCCCCACUCCCUGCAACACCCACCCAGCUACCUCCAAUCAAAGUCACUGAGUGCAGCCAUAACUUCAAACUGCUGUCGUGUGAUGUAAGUUUAGCAUUAAAUACCAAGUAUUGUAAACUUAGCAUUAAUGUGACAGGUAGUCCGUCUUUGCUCUCGGCUGGAGAUGGAAUUGUCUGAGCUGGGCCGGCCAGAUGGUCGCCUUUUUCUUGGGUGGUGAUGGAAUUGCCUUGGAUGGAGCUGGAUGGUCAGUCAGUCCGCAGGCUCUCGCAGGAGGAUGGCACGGGAUUUUCCGAUGUAGCUGGCGCAAUCUCUAGUUGUGGAUGGGCAUAUGACGUUCAUCUGGGCCUGGCGGAAUCUCUCCCUACCUCGGGAUGGGCAUCCCGAGGCGAGGGCAGAAAGAGAAUAAUUAGCGUAGCUGCUGUUCAUUAACUAUGUAUUAGUGAAUGCUUGGCUGAAAAGAUGUGUCUUUAAUCUAGAUUUAAAUUGGGAGAGUGUGUCUGACCCUCGAAUAGUAUCGGGGAGGCUAUUCCAGAGUUUAGGUGCUACGUAUGAGAAAGCUCUACCCCCUUUGGUGGAUUUAGUUAUUCUAGGUGUUAUCAAAAGUCUGGAGUUUUGAGAUCUUAGAGAGCGUGAUGGGUUGUAGUGUGGUAGAAGCUCUGUUAUGUAGGUAGGGGCUAAACCGUUUAAGGCUUUAUAAGUAAUUAAAAGAACUUUAAAGUCAAUACGACACUUAAUGGGUAACCAGUGAAGGGUUGAUAACAUUGGGGUUGUGUGAUCGUAUUUUCUGGACCUGGUUAGAACUCUGGCAGCUGCAUUCUGAACUAACUGUAGUUUGUUUAUUGAUGCUGCAGGACAACCACUAAGCAGUGCAUUACAGUAGUCAAGUCUUGAGGUCACAAAUGCAUGAAUAAGCUUCUCUGCAUCAGCCACACAUAAAAUAUUUCGCAAUUUGGCAACAUUUCUAAGGUGGAAGAAGGCUGUUUUUGUGACAUUUGAGAUGUGAUUUUUAAAUGACAGGUUGCUGUCUAAUAUAACGCCGAGGUCUUUAACUGUAUUUGUUGGAGUAACAGUGCAGCCUUCAAUUUGCAGGUCAUAAUCCGAAAUAUUCUGCUCACGUGUCUUUGGUCCGAUAAGUAAUAUUUCUGUUUUAUUAGAAUUUAAAAGAAGGAAAUUACAAGUCAUCCAAUGCUUUAUAUCGUCGAUGCACUCUGCCAAUUUGGAUAGUUGGAAGGAAUCAUCUGGUCUUGAUGAGAUAUAUAGCUGAGUAUCAUCUGCAUAACAGUGGAAGCUAAUUCCAUGUUUUCUAAUAAUGUUUCCAAGGGGCGCAUGUAUAUGGAGAAUAGCAAGGGUCCUAAAACCGAUCCCUGAGGCAAUCCAUAAUUUACUUGCGUUAGAUUCUUGUGUGUGUUUUUUAAGUAGGCUGGUUGACGUAGCAAACCAUUUUUGAGUUGCUACGUUGAAGUUAUAGUAUCGAGAAACCGGUAUUCGAGAUCAAAACAUAUUUUGACUGACUUGCACAGUUGUUUCCCGCAUCAUGUUUCACCCGCGGUAAGUGGGUGUGAGCACGAGUCGACCAAUAGCGCCCGGAUCCGGGUCACUGGCAGUCAGAGUCUGGAGUCCCCAAACAACUCCAGCGCUAGCAUCGAUGCUAACGCUGGGGCAUCGAAACGAUGACAAAAACCGUCUAACUUCACCCUGAAGCUACGGACGAAACACACGUGUUAUCGUAAAGUUACAGCAGCGUUGACUUCGCCAUGGCUGUUCGAGAAAUGCUGCCGUAUCGUGGCGCCACCACGAUAACCCCCAAGCUGGACGACGAUUCGGACCCCGAGUCGAGUCUCGCGUUUAAGAAACCGGACGGCCGCGAGUCUCAGGUCAUUCACAGCGGUCAUUUCAUGGUGUCUUCUCCUCAUACCGAUCACCCGCCGAAGAAAGGUUACGACUUCGAUACCGUUAAUAAACAAACGUGCCAGACGUAUCACUUCGGAAAGACGAGCACGUCGCAUCUGUCCAUCGACGCUUCUCUGACGAAACUCUUCGAGUGCAUGACCCUCGCGUACAGCGGGAGGUUAGUGUCACCAAAAUGGAAAAACUUCAAGGGACUGAAGCUGCUGUGGAGGGACAAGAUUCGCUUGAACAAUGCCAUCUGGAGAGCCUGGUACAUGCAAUAUGUAGAGAAGAGACAGAAUCCGGUUUGCCACUUUGUCACACCGUUGGAUGGAAAUAUGGACUCUGGAGUACAUCGACCCACCGAGGCAAUAGCGACAGAAGGGAAGUAUUGGAAAAGAAGAAUAGAGAUCGUCAUCAGAGAGUAUCAUAAAUGGAGAACAUACUUCAAGAAAAGGUUACAGAAGCACAAGGACGAAGACCUGUCCAGUCUCCUUACGGAGGCGGAGGAACAGUUGUCACUCUUUGGAGAAGUGUGUCCAGACACCUGCCGUGUCCCCUUCUGCCAGGACGAUGACGUCAGCGGUCGCCGCAGCUCACGCUGGAUUCUCGAGUCCCCCGUUCCCAUGGAGAUGGAUUCGCUCUUUGACAUGGAUGUGCUCAUGUCAGAGUUCUCGGACACGCUCUUCUCCACGUUGUCAUCUCAUCAGCCUGUGGCCUGGCCCAAUCCCAGAGAAAUCGCACACGCCGGGAACGCUGAUAUGAUCCAGCCAGGCCUCAUUCCCCUGCAGCCUAAUCUGGACUUCAUGGACACUUUUGAACCGCUGCAAGAUUUGUUUCACACCCUGCGUCCACCAGCUUUUCCCUCCAUAUCCCCCACUGCCCCCUCAGUCACCCCCUUAACCAACAACAACUCUCAAACACAGGCCUCCCUCCUGUCGUCCAUCCCGCUGUUAUCGGACUACCGCCUCAUGCCCUCCGGUCCAUUACCCAGCCAUCUUUCAGCCCAUCGGGACGGCGAUAACGCCGUUGGCCCCUCCUACCAACAGAGCUACAUGCCUCUGUUCACGGAGCAAGUGACAGAUAUGCCACCUUCAGCCCCGCCCCUCCCUCCUACAGUAACAGCCCCCCAGCCCGUCCCAAGCAUUCCGUCUCUGUCCGUAAAAACUCACAGCGCCCCGUCCACGGUCGCUCCUGCUGAUGUGGCCGUCAGCUUCAGUCUGCCCGGUGCAGCGUCCCCUCCUCAGCCCGUGGCGGUGAGCUCGCAGCAGCAGAAUUUCGCCCUCCCGAAACCCGUCCCUCCCCCCGUCUCUAACAAAAAGAGCAGACACGCGCAGAGGCCGAUCGUCCCGGCCAAUCCGCUUCCGUCUCAGCUUAUACUCACAGGUCCUGCCAGCGCUGUUAUUGUUACUCCGUCUCCUCUCAACACUGACGUACACUCCUCCGCUGGUAUGGUCAUAGCCUCCGCCAGUCUACCCUGUGCUUCAGCUGGUUUCCACAUUCUUCCUCAAACACAGAAAUCUCCUCAACUCAUCAUACCCAAAGAGGAAAGCAUCACAAAUGUGUCCAACAGCAAAACAUCAGCACAGUCAGCAGCACUUGAUGGGCGGAUCUCAGGUCAAGGGUCACCGUUAGGAGCAGAACAGGUGCCGAGUCCUCAGUCACCUCUCAACAGCAGCACGGGCCUGACCAAGUCUGAAGGCACUCGGAGUCGGAGGGGGAGUCACAUAUCAGCUGAACAGAAGAGAAGAUUCACCAUCAACGUCUGCUUCAAGACUCUGUGCAGUCUGGUGCCCACUCUCAAGCCACAAUCAAUUAUCAGUAAUGCAGCGACACUCCAGAAGACCGUUGAAUACAUUGGCAAGUUACAGAUGGAGAGACAACAGUUACUGGAAGAGACCAAGAGGUUGAGAGAGGAGAUCGAAGAGCUCAACUCAUCUAUAAACUUGUGCCAGGAACAGCUUCCUGCCACAGGGGUCCCCGUCACACGUCAUCGCUUCGACCACAUGAAAGAGAAGUUUGAGGACUACGUUAAGAGCAGAACUCUUCAGAACUGGAAGUUCUGGAUCUUCAGCGUCAUUAUUCAACCCCUGUUCGAGUCUUUUAAUGGGAUGGUGUCGACCACCAACCACACAGAGCUGUGUGAGACCACCAUGCAGUGGCUGGACCGCUACUGCGCUCUCCCGGUACUGAGACCUAUGGUUCUCAGGACGCUCCGUCAGCUCUGUACCAGCACGUCCAUCUUGGCGGAUCCUGCGCUUUUACCCGAAGAGGCCAAACAGGCCGUCCUCAACACCAAAAAACACUCCUCUGCAACUCAGCCUUAAACAGCCAUCGUUCCGAGGAUUUGAUCAACUGGACUUAUAUGCAUCCAUAUCGAUCUCGCACAACAUCCUCAGGAGCCUUGAAGACACGUUACGCCUUAACACACCGUGUGCUGUGCUCAGGUCUGUGUGACGCGAGAAGAACGCUUCUUUUUGUGUAUAUGGACGUAGAGGUUUUAUUUCAUAUCACUGUUUGAAGGAAAUGCUGUUACAAACUGCCAUUGUGUUAACUAUAUAAUAGCUUUCAAAUAAUAUAGGUUGUUUUUAUGUAGCGUGUUGUACAUAAAAACAACAAGCUGUUUUCCAUCUGGAAAAGAGCCGUGUGAAGUUUCUUCCAAACAAACCAAAGGGAAUCUCAGUUUGAUUCAUUCUCUAAAGAGCCACUGUGGAACACAUCAGUUUGAUCUAAAGUGCUUUGUGUUUCUCUCAAAGACUUGAAUAUGAAUCAUUCGAGCGGUCUCCUUUGCUUUAUAGACAUCUUGACUUUACGUCUCAGGGUGGCUUUUUUUUACUUCAAAAUCCUGAAGUUAUGAAAGUCUAGAACUAUGAAAAUGAUUGUUGCCCAGGAUGAGGUACAUACAAUACAGCACACGCGUGUCAGAGACUUCACAUACGUCUUAAUGUCAAACGUCUGUUUUCACAGGAUUAAAUAAAUCCUUUAAAUACUCUGCAAUGACAUUAAAAUGAGAUGUAAAAACUCUUAGCUCUGCAACCCCUGUCGUCUGAAUCUCAUGUAGAUGUUCUCAUAGCAGAACGGAGUGGUUUUAAGUCUGUUGUUAAUAAACAUUUGAAGAAUUUG